AUGUCAUCCGAGGAAACCUCCAACUCUUCUAAUUCUUCAUCCAGUUCAGAAAAUAGCCAAACACAACGAUAUGAAAGACGAAGGCAAGCCAAUCGUCUUGUUAAUCGAAUGAUGGAUGAAGUUUUUAUGUCCAAUCCAAUUGAAGUAUAUCAAAUGUUAAAUCAAGUUCCAAGGGCACCAAGGAUCCCCAUUCCAAGGGAUCAUGAGGAUGGACACAAUCGUUUUUGGAAUGACUACUUUGCUGACCAUCCUGUGUUUCCCCCACAGUUAUUUCGUCGAAGAUUUCGCAUGAACAAACAUAUAUUUCUCCGAAUAAAGAAAACUUUAGAAGAACUUCAUCCCUUCUUUCAACAAAGACAAGAUGCUACAGGAAGAUUUGGUGCCUCCGGAUUACAAAAAUGCACAACUGCUAUGAGGCUAAUAGCUUAUGGCACCUCUGCUGAUUCUGUAAAUGGAUACAUUCGAAUUAGUGCAUCUCUUGCAAGAGAUUCACUACAACAUUUUGUGGAAGGAAGUAGUCGUAAUGAUAUUAACGUUCUUGAUAGAUCCCCUUUGUUUAACGAUGUUUUUGAAGGUCGUGCACCUUCUAUUAACUAUGUUGUGAAUGACCAUCAAUAUAAUAUGGGGUAUUAUCUCAUUGAUGGUAUAUAUCCUAAAUGGGUAGCAUUUAUUCCUACAAUAUCACUACCACAAAAUGAAAAAGAAGGUCUUUUUGCCAAAUUAUAA